AUGGAAAGGUUUUUUCAAGAGAGCUGGGUAGAAGUGUUGGCAGCCAGAUGCUCUGACCAUAGGCCUUUGUUGCUUUGUAUGAACCAGAAGGGAAAUAAGGUUAGGAGAGGAAGGAAGUUGUUCAGGUAUGAAGCCAACUGGGCUUUAGAGGAGGACUGUGUGGUGGCCUUAAAAAGGGUGUGGGAAAAGAGGACGAUGGAAGAUGUCACUCCUAAAAACCUACUAGUUAGCCUGUCUGACAGUAAAAGAGCUUUGAUGAGUUGGUGGAAGAAGAAUGGGAAAGACAGAGGGAGUGAGCUGAAGCUGAAAACCCAGCUCCUAAAAAUGCUCCAAGAAAAUGAAAAUAGUCACAACUCUGGUGAGAUUAAAAGGUUACGGAAGGAGAUUGGCUUGUUGUUAGAGAAAGAAGAUUUUAAAUGGAGGCAAAGGGCUAAAGUGAAUUGGUAUCAGCUAGGGGAUAAAAAUCCCAAAUUUUUCCAUAGUUGUGCCAGUCAAAGGAGGAGGAAAAACAAAAUUGCUGCUGUUAAAGAUGACCAAAACAUAUGGCACUCGAGACAUGAAAAAGUGGAAGGAGCUUUCAACAAGUAUUUUGGGAGUCUAUUCACUUCCUCAUCUUCGAGCCAAAUGGAGAUUGAUGACUGUUUGAAGUACCUGGAAGCUCGAGUGAUAGGGGAUAUGAAUGAAGCACUCACUAAGACUUUUUCUAAAAAUGAGGUUGAGGAUGCUUUAAAGCAGAUAGCACCCUUGAAGUCACUGGGCCCAAACUGCUUUGGAGCUUGUUUCUACCAAAGUCAUUGGCCAAUCAUUGGUGAGGAAGUCAACAGGACUGUUUUAUCAUGGCUUAAUGGUGACUGUUUUGAUUCUUCAGCCAACUUCACUUACAUAGUUCUCAUCCCAAAAGUUUCAAACCCUAGCUUGGUUAGUGAAUAUCAAACUAUUAGUCUAUGUAAUGUUGCCUAUAAGAUCAUGGCUAAAGUUUUAGCUAAUAGACUAAAAACUGUUCUGGCUGAUUUAAUCUCCCCCAACCAAAGUACCAAGUUUUGCCCUUCUAAAGGUUUGAGACAGGGAGAUCCCUUGUCUCCAUACCUUUUUAUUUUGUAUGCUGAAGGUCUAUCUUCUCUUCUCAAUGUCUCUGAUUUGAGAGGAGAUACAAGGGGGGUCACGGUGGCUAGGGGAGGAACUAGAGUGAACCAUCUACUGUUUGCGGACGACUGUGUACUACUGGGUAGAGCAAAAGUAGAGGAAUGGAAAAAGCUGAAAGCCAUGUUACUAACCUAUGAAAAAGCUUCUGGUCAAGUUUUGAACAAAGACAAAUUUGCCUUGUUCUUUAGUCCUAAUACCUGUCCAAGAGAGAAAGAGUUAAUCAAAGAAGAAGGUGGUGCAGUGAUGGUUGGUUAUUAUGGGAAAUAUUUGGGACUGCCCUCAGUAGUAGGGAGAUCAAAGUACUUAACUUUUAGAGGCAUAAAAGAACGAGUGUGGAAGAAGAUCAACAACUGGAAAAAUUCAUUCCUGUCCUCCGCAGGAAAGGAGAUUCUCAUCAAGGCAGUCCUCCAAGCCGUGCCCACAUACACCAUGAGUGUUUUCCAGCUUCCAAAUGUUUGUGUAAUGAGCUAA